AUGUGUAGCUCAGGGGCUGGUAAGCUGUGGUUCUUGACGGAUCGUCGCAUCAGGGAAGACUACCCACAGAAGGAGAUCUUACGAGCCUUGAAGGCCAAAUGUUGUGAAGAGGAAUUGGACUUCAGGGCUGUAGUGAUGGAUGAGGUGGUGCUGACAGUGGAGCAAGGAAAUCUGGGUCUGCGGAUCAAUGGAGAGCUAAUCUCUGCGUACCCACAGGUGGUGGUAGUGAGAGUUCCAACCCCAUGGGUGCAGAGUGAUAGUGAUAUCACUGUUUUGCGCCACCUAGAGAAGAUGGGGUGCCGACUGAUGAACCGACCUCAAGCCAUCCUAAACUGUGUUAAUAAAUUCUGGACAUUUCAAGAGUUAGCUGGGCAUGGCGUGCCUCUACCAGAUACUUUUUCUUAUGGUGGCCAUGAAAACUUUGCUAAAAUGAUUGAUGAAGCGGAAGUGCUGGAGUUCCCAAUGGUAGUGAAGAAUACACGGGGUCAUAGAGGCAAAGCUGUUUUCUUGGCACGAGAUAAACACCAUUUAGCAGACCUAAGCCAUCUUAUUCGGCAUGAAGCUCCAUAUUUGUUCCAGAAAUAUAUUAAAGAGUCUCAUGGAAGAGAUGUACGAGUCAUUGUUGUGGGAGGCCGUGUCGUUGGCACCAUGUUACGUUGUUCCACAGAUGGAAGGAUGCAAAGCAACUGUUCCUUAGGUGGUGUGGGGAUGAUGUGCUCACUGAGUGAGCAAGGGAAGCAGCUAGCUAUCCAGGUGUCGAAUAUCCUGGGAAUGGAUGUAUGUGGCAUUGACCUGUUGAUGAAAGAUGACGGCUCCUUCUGUGUCUGCGAGGCCAAUGCAAAUGUAGGUUUCAUCGCCUUUGAUAAGGCUUGUAAUCUAGAUGUAGCUGGUAUCAUAGCAGACUAUGCUGCCUCCCUUCUGCCCGCUGGCCGGCUCACCCGGCGCAUGUCCCUGCUCUCUGUGGUGUCCACUGCCAGUGAGACUAGUGAGCCGGAGCUUGGUCCCCCUGCCAGCGCUGCUGUCGACAACAUGAGCGCAAGUUCCAGCUCUGUUGAUAGCGACCCCGAAAGCACCACCGAGCGAGAGCUUCUCACCAAGCUCCCAGGGGGGCUGUUCAACAUGAACCAGCUGCUAGCCAAUGAAAUCAAACUCCUGGUGGAGUGACUCCACUGGUAAAUAGUUAAACAACAAAACCUUGUAAAACUGUCUCCCUGCACCCCAUCCCUUUCCCCUUUAACCAACUUGCAAUGCUGUUCAUGGAGAAGGCUGAGAAGGUUGAGAUAAAGGUAUAGUAAGAUUGGUUAGAAGAAGGGAAAAUAGAUGAGACCCCUAAUAGUAAGACAUAACUGAUUCAUUUACAGAUUUCACAGAGGAAUA